UUGAAUCAACAGUGUCAACCUCAACACCCACCACAAAUGGAGAAACAAGAACUACCAAGACUGAUGAAUCGACAACAAUUAAUUCCCGCACAAAUACAGAGGUCUCACCAAGUUCACCCUCUACAGUCCCUCCACUAACUACUCAUUUCACUCAAACAUCUUCUGACCAAAACAGUGAAACAACACCAACAGGAACCAGCACAACUCAUCUCCUGUUAAGUACCCUGGAAACAUCUACAACAAUGUUCUCAUCAACAGAGCAACAAACUACAUCUAUUCCGACAGUGACACCCACAGGGAAAAUUGAAUCAACAGUGUCAACCUCAACACCCACCACAAAUGGAGAAACAAGAACUACCAAGACUGAUGAAUCGACAACAAUUAAUUCCCGCACAAAUACAGAGGUCUCACCAAGUUCACCCUCUACAGUCCCUCCACUAACUACUCAUUUCACUCAAACAUCUUCUGACCAAAACAGUGAAACAACACCAACAGGAACCGGCACAACUCAUCUCCCUUCAACUAACCAAGAAACAUCUACAACAAUGUCCUCCUCGACAGUGCAACAAACUACAUCUAUUCCGACAGUGACACCCACAGGGAAAAUUGAAUCAACAGUGUCAACCUCAACACCCACCACAAAUGGAGAAACAAGAACUACCAAGACUGAUGAAUCGACAACAACAAUUAAUUCCCGCACAAAUACAGAGGUCUCACCAAGUUCACCCUCUACAGUCCCUCCACUAACUACUCAUUUCACUCAAACAUCUUCUGACCAAAACAGUGAAACAACACCAACAGGAACCGGCACAACUCAUCUCCCUUCAACUAACCAAGAAACAUCUACAACAAUGUCCUCCUCGACAGUGCAACAAAAUACAUCUAUUCCGACAGUGACACCCACAGGGAAAAUUGAAUCAACAGUGUCAACCUCAACACCCACCACAAAUGGAGAAACAAGAACUACCAAGACUGAUGAAUCGACAACAACAAUUAAUUCCCGCACAAAUACAGAGGUCUCACCAAGUUCACCCUCUACAGUCCCUCCACUAACUACUCAUUUCACUCAAACAUCUUCUGACCAAAACAGUGAAUCAACACCAACAGGAACCAGCACAACUCAUCUCCUUAUAAGUACCCUGGAAACAUCUACAACAAUGUUCUCAUCAACAGAGCAACAAACUACAUCUAUUCCGACAGUGACACCCACAGGGACAAUUGAAUCAACAGUGUCAACCUCAACACCCACCACAAAUGGAGAAACAAGAACUACCAAGACUGAUGAAUCGACAACAACAAUUAAUUCCCGCACAAAUACAGAGGUCUCACCAAGUUCACCCUCUACAUUCCCUCCACUAACUACUCAUUUCACUCAAACAUCUUCUGACCAAAACAGUGAAACAACACCAACAGGAACCAGCACAACUCAUCUCCUGUUAAGUACCCUGGAAACAUCUACAACAAUGAACCAGCACAACUCAUCUCCUUAUAAGUACCCUGGAAACAUCUACAACAAUGUUCUCAUCAACAGAGCAACAAACUACAUCUAUUCCGACAGUGACACCCACAGGGACAAUUGA